AUGCAUAGCGGAGAUGGAGCGAUGGAAGUCCCGAUGGAUGAAGACCAGCGACGAUCAUCGUUAGGCCGUAUCGAUUACCGUGCAUUGACGGCCCAACAAACCGGUGAGGUUCCUUCCGUGUACGAUCCGCCGGCCCAUGUUCAACCUGGAUCGCGCGGCUACGUGAGUCAGCAAGGGCAGUUAACACCGAGGCCAGUGCAGCUAGGACCAUCGCCAUCGCAACCAGCGCCAUCGCAGUCAGCACCAUUGCCAUCCGUACAAAAUGGCCAGAUGGGUCAACAACCUCUGGAUAACGCCGUCCUGCACCAAACCUUGCACUUGCUGCAACAGCAAUUGCAGCAACAGCAACAGUUAAUUUCGCAAAUGUUGCAACAGCAGCAAUUCGCGCCGCAAGCCCAGCAACAACCCGCACAGCACAUAGCAGAGUUCCGGUAUGAAGCUGAAUCUGGUGUUACGUUCGAAGCUUGGUUCACACGCUACGAGGACCUGUUUGCCAAAGACGCUUCGCGGCUAGGCGAUGAGGCUAAGGAAACCGUCGAUAAGCUGACAGCACUUUUUGGGUGUAGAGAAUCUCUCCUUAGUAAGCGCUACAGAUGCCUCCAGAUCUGUAAAAAGCGCACGGAAGAUUUGAUCGCGUUCUCCUGUCGGGUAAACCGAGCAUGCGUCGAGUUCCAGUUUGUGAGCAUGAACGAAGAGACCUUCAAGUGCCUAAUGCUGGUGUGUGGGCUCAAAGAUGAGGCUGACAAUGACCUGCGAACUAGACUCCUUGCGCGCAUAGAGGAGUGGAACGACGUUACGCUUGAACAAUUAUCCGCAGAGUGUCAGCGUAUUACAAGUGUGAAAGGAGACAGCGCUAUGAUUGCCGGAGAGACGAGUGAACGUGUUUUCGCAGUACACAGCGGAGAGAAGAGAUCGCACGAGAAAGCAGCGCAGCAAACUAAUUACAAGCGGUUCACGCCGUACCGUACCAAACGACCGUUCCGUGCAAAGUAUGCUGUGUGUUCAUCAACAAGCAAGCCAGCGAAGCCCUGUUGGUUGUGUGGUGACAUGCACUGGGUGCGUGAGUGCACUUACCGUUCGCACAAGUGUCUCGACUGUGCAAGAUAUGGUCAUCGUGAGGGGCACUGCAACACAGCGAGCAGAAAGAAGCGAUUCAAUGUUCGGCAACGGAAUAUCAACACUCGUGUAGUAACGGUCAACGUCCGAAGCAUACGAGAGCGCCGCAGAUUCGUGUCCAUCGCUCUCAACGGAACAGCUGUUCGAUUGCAGCUAGACACAGCUUCGGAUAUCAGUGUCAUCGACCGCCGUACGUGGAGAAAAAUUGGCAGCCCGCCGUUAACACCGUCAUCCGUCACAGCUAAAACUGCAUCGGGAGCGACACUGGUAUUGGAUGGUGAAUUCAGCUGUGCUGUUAGUGUUGGUAGCCAGACGAGGCAGGCGACAGUCAGCGUAUGCGGAGCAGCAAACCUACUACUACUGGGAGCCGAUUUGAUUGAUGUUUUCUCCCUCUGGUCGGUGCCGAUGGAUGCGUUCUGCAAUCACGUUGCAGUAGCAGGACAGCAAUCGUUCCAGCAGCUUUUUUCCAAGGUGUUUACGGGAACAGGACUCUGUACAAAGGCGAGUAUAAAAUUUACCUUGCGAGAUAAUGUUCGUCCUGUUUAUAGACCUAGCCGCCCAGUAGCUUACGCGAUGGAGGAAACCGUGAGUCGUGAGCUCGACCGUCUUCAGGAGUUGAAUGUCAUCACUCCUGUAACUACUGCAGAAUGGGCAGCUCCAGUGGUCGUCGUGCGCAAAGCCAACGGACUUGUUCGUAUUUGCGGCGACUAUUCGACGGGACUUAAUGCUGCGUUAUUCCCCCACGACUACCCGUUACCUGUACCAGAGGACAUUUUUGCAAGGCUGGCAAAUUGCAAGGUCUUUAGCAAAAUAGACCUGUCAGAUGCAUUUUUGCAAGUGGAAAUUGAUCCAGAAUACCGUCAUUUCUUGACCAUAAAUACGCAUCGAGGGCUCUAUACGUACAACCGACUUCCACCUGGCAUUAAGAUAGCUCCUACAGCCUUUCAGCAAUUGAUGGACAUAAUGCUAUCCGGUAUCCAAGGCGUUUCAGUGUACUUGGAUGACAUAAUCAUCGGAGGUCCAUCCGAAGCGGAGCACGACGCAACCGUAGUAGAAAUUUUGAAUCGGAUUCAGAACUACGGGUUCACACUGCGAGCGGAAAAAUGCCACUUCAGGGUUAACCAAAUUAAAUAUUUGGGCCACAUUAUCGACAGCCAUGGAUUACGGCCUGAUGCGUAG